AUGCAGGAAUUAGUUGCCAUCAACCAAAUUACGAUACAGAUUUUGGAUGGAAUCCCAGAUUUCUUCCCAAUUAAGCCUAUGGAUUAUGGACGCUUUUUAGUCAUCUCAGUGGGCACUGGCUCGUCAAAGGCUCAGAAGAAAUAUAGUGCUCAAAAGGCAGCCAAAUGGGGAGUUUUAGGAUGGUUGCUGAAUGGAGGUUCCACUCCAAUAGUAGAUAUUUUCACUCAAGCCAGUGCUGAUAUGGUGGAUUUACAUAUUUCCGUUGUUUUUCAAGCAUUUCAUUCUCAAGAAAACUACCUUAGAAUUCAAAAACCAGUUUCAAGGGUCAACUUAGAUUCAGGUCUAUUUGAGCCAAUUGAAAACGGUGGAACAAAUGAGGAUGCUCUAAAAAAGUUUGCAAAAUUGCUUUCGGAAGAAAAAAGGUUUAGGGACUUAAAAUCACCUUUCAGCAAGGAAACCUCCACUUAG